GAAAACGCUCUAUUUCCGCUGCAGCAGCGACCAACGGGCACGUCAAAAAAAAAGAGAAAGAAAGGAAAAUGAGGAUCGUAAGGACACACUGAGACGAGAGACGGACCGUCGAAUGACAUAUAUCGUGUUCGCUGAGCUCGGUUACCAGACAGUUGUCGUUAUUUAAAAGUUCCCAGACGAAUAUUUGACAGUUUAAGGGUCGUUUCGAGGUUAACUCGACCCCCCUCCUCCUCUCUUGUUCUGUGGUGGUUCGCUUUGAGGAAGCAGCUCGCCUAGCCCAGCUGAAUUAGCACAGUUAGCUGGUUUAGAGAGAUGGGGACGAGAGCAAGUCGUCUGCAGGAAGAGCCGGUGCCCUCCGCUUUCGGAAAAGAUGGCACAAAGCGGGACUCGUUCCGGCGACCCCGCUGCACCAGGCCCACCAGUCUCAUGGUCGACUUCUCGGGCAGCUUCGAGGACACGGAGGCCAACCGGAGCCGAUCGGAGGAAGGCAGCGACUCGGACCUGGGGCAGCAUGCGGCGAGCGCCGACGGCAGCCCCGCGGACCUUCACAGCAUCCCCUCCAGCAUCGGCCAAGCGUCACCUGUGGAUGAUGACAACAACAGCAGCGAGGGGAAACCCGAGGAAGACGGGACUCUAAGCCCGGAGCCUGCCGCGGUAGCGGAUCAUCCGUCCGGAGAGGAGACAGGAGGCCGCACGCCCCACCGCACUUUUUCCGAGCGGCUGCCCGGGAAUCGGCACUCUUCCGCCCGCAGCGUGGGCGCAAGAUCCGCCCGGGUCCGAGGCACACACCAGCGGCCGGUGUCAGAGGCUUGGAUCGGCCUUUACCGUGUCAACAACCGCCAUGGCAAUAUCCGCUGUCCUUUCUGCUCGAAGCCCUUCCCGGGGGGUCGGAUCGAGGAUCACCUGUUGAGCUGCCUCACAUCUCCUCCACUACCGUACAAUACGGAUGUGCUCAGUAAAGACAGCGGAGAGUGCUCCAUCUGUCUGGAGGAUCUGGUACAGGGAGAGACCAUCGCCAGGCUGGCUUGCCUCUGCGUCUACCAUAAGAGCUGCAUUGAUUCCUGGUCCAAGGUGAAACCCUGCUGCCCUGAACAUCCCUUCGAUUGACUCGUGGGUCACAUGUAUUCUGCACAGUGACCAACCCGACUCAGGAGACUACACUGAAUCCCAAUAAGGUCCCAAUUAAAAAUGUGUAACUGUGACAAAUAAAAGCCUGCUGUCCCUCUCAGACACAAACCUAUAUUUUUGAGCGGGCAACACGCGAUCCUAAGAAGCAGCUCCAGUUAGCGACGCCCGACGCUCCCCCGUUUGGAUCAGUCCAUUUUGAACCUGGUCUAGACCAUUUCAAGCCAAACAACAAUAAAAUCUCUGGUGGAGACUCUUGUUAGAACACAAGUGGAGACGGUUUUCUAUGUUUCGAAAUCUGCGGAACAUAUAAAAAUAUAUAUAUAUAUAUAUAUAUAUAUAUAUAUAUCUCUAUCUCAUUUUUUCAUAUAGCAUUUUCAUCCCAGAACGAUGGAACUUGGAGAUAAACUCAAAAAACAAAAAGUUAACUGUGACUCUGCAUCCUCUCCUGUGUAGUGUAACGGGAUUGGUCAUUUUUAAAGUAUUUUGCAGAAAGAGUAUUGUUCCGUGUCAUGCAUUGGAUGAAUGUUUUCUUUCCUCGGCGAACCCCAAAAUGAACCAACCUCGUACCGAAAGCAUGAACUGUAACCACAUUGCUUUAUUUUGAACCAGCUGGAGGUUGAGGGCUUGUUUUUGGUGAAUGGGGGCUGCCGUUGCUCAGUGUUUUAUUUUUUCUAUUACAUGUAAACAUUUCAGGGGAAGUUUGGGGGCUAAUUAUUUUUUUUUUGUUUUGAGUGGGUCAGUUUUUCUGGUAGGUGGUUAGUUGGCGCUGAGUUUAAUGUGCUGCUACUUGCUGAGUGUUUAGGGCGGUUGUAGGUAUUUUAUAGGGUCAUAGUAGCGAUGGUGUUGGCACCAGUUUGAGCACUUUUGUCCUUCAAGGCUGAUUUUGUUUUAUUUUUUCACUGUGUGUGUGUGUGUGUGUGUGUGUGUGUGUGUGUGUGUGGAAAUGACCAGGGACAGCUAUUGUCCUAAGUGUGACUAUGUGUGUGUUUACUGUAGAUUGCCCUGACGUCUGCUUGGUCAAGCGGGUUACCCUUUUUUAAUUUUGAAUGCUAGUUUUUAAGUACAGUUACGCUGGCACACAUCCUGCUACACGUGGCAUUGGUACGCAACGGUCCCGAUUGAAUGGUACUUUGAAUGCAGGUUUUUUUGGGGGAGUUUUUUUUUUUUUUUUUCCCACGUCUCCCCGUCUCCCUCAUCCUCAAGCACUCUCUCGGGGUGCAGUAGAGAUUUUUGGGCCAGAUCCCCAGGGAGAGUUUUUGCCAUCUGGUUUGAUUAAUGCCAGAUUGAGGAGGGAUAAAGGGACGGGCGGGUUGAGGGAUAUAUUUUUGGGGCAUGUUUACACCAUGUGGCAUCUGCCUCUCUCCCCGACACUGGAGGCAAUGGACAGCUGAUGUUUUAAUUAGUACAUAACCAGCCCCCACCGCUUUCCCCCUUUUUAAAGAUGUUAUAUCAUCACAUAAAGAUCAUAGCUAAAUGUGUUCAAUGGCUUUCCCUUUGCCUUUUGUGUGUGUUGAUUGCCUUUGCCUGGUGAAGGGGUUCUUGUCCGAGCAGGUAUCUGUAGUGUUUUUAGGGCUGAAAUGAGGCCCAGCAGUACAGUUGCUCAACAGACGCUCUCUGAUGCCGCUUGUUCACAGAGGGGGAAAGGGCAAAAACAUGAAUUGAUUGCUUUUGCCGUCUGUUCCGUGUGUUUUAAAUCUAUGCGCUCACAAGUGGUAUGGAUCAGUUUAGGGGUCAGUCCGGUGCACAGGUUUCCUACUGGCUAAUUUGUUCACCCCAGCCUCUCUCUCUCUCUCUCUCUCUCUCUCUCUCUCUCUCUCUCUCUCUCUGGUGUUCUGCAGUCUGAGGUGCUACGGUGUCUCUGGCCACUAGAGGGCAGACCUGUGCAUGUGUUUCUUUUGUAUUUGAGAGUAAAAAAAAUAAUGCCAAAAGUCUGUCUGUGAAUUUGGGGGCAUUGUGUGAGAGAGUGCGGAGAUGAUUAGAUGUUACAUUUGUUGUGGUGAUAAGUUAUGAUGUAUACUUUGGCUGGGAGGGGUGUGUGUGUGUGUGUGUGUCUGGUGGUUGGGUUGUCGAUAAUGACGAGACGAUCUAAAACCCCACAUUACUCUCUUUUACUUUCUUACCCUCUAAGCUGUGUGGUGCAAUACCUCAAUCAUUACCAAUGCUAACUAAGCGCUCUGUGUGUAAACUAGCUCCUCUCCAACCACGGACGCUAUUUUGUAUAAAUGUCCCUAAAUCCUUGGUUUUGAAUUGCAGGGCACUGAUCCCCCGUCCGCCCUGUGCUUUUGAAGUCUAUGUAUUAGAUGAGAAUGUUUUUCAAAGAGUCACCACAGUGGUGUCUGCACCUCCCAAGAUAUGGACAAUCUGCCUUUACUCUGGUAUAAAAAAACAAAUUGAAUUUUAUUUAUUAAAUUGUAAAUAUGUAAUGCAAUUCAAACAAAUGGCUUGGUCUUUGUCUGUUCAAUAUACUGUUUCUAAAGCUCCAAUCUUUUGUAUGUCUCAGAAAUUGUUUUUAUAUGUAUUUUUUACAAUAAAUAUGUGUGAGAGA